CAGAGCCAAAACUUCUCUUCUUCCCAUCGUUCAAUACUGCGGCUUUUCUUUUUGAGUCCCUUCGGCUUUGUAUCGCUACGACGGCUCAAGAAAUCGCCGCCCCAAAACCCUAAACCCCCUUUCCCCUCCUCCGUGCUCCAAAACCCUAACCCCCCCUCCUCCUCCUCUUUCUCUCCUUUCGAAAACCCUACCAUGGAGGAGGACAAUCCCGUGCCCUCGCGCCCCGGCCCGAGUAGAAUUUGAUCCUUUUUCCCUAGUUCGGCGGCGAGAGAGGAGCUGGCAUUCCUGCGAUUGAUUUGGUUUCUUGGAUCGGGUCGGGGCUGAUUGAUUCGAGCAAUGGACAACCGAGAUUCGUCUGUAUCUCCAGCAGCAGCGGCGGUGGGCAAGGACGGGUCCGCGGAGGAGGAUGGACUUUUGUCCGUCGCGGCGGGCCUGGCCAAGGAGGCUGCUGUCCUUUUCCAGAGCCGGCGCUACUCUGAGUGUAUCGAUGUGUUGAAGCAGCUGUUACAGAAGAAAGAAGAUGAUCCCAAGAUUCUUCACAACAUAGCUGUUGCAGAGUACUAUCAUGAUGGUUGUCCCGACCCAAAGAAGCUACUUGAUGUGUUCAACAAGGUUAAGAAGAGAAGCGAAGACCUAGCUUGUAAAUCUGGAGAACAGAUAGAAGCUGCUAACAGCCUUGGUAGCAAUGUUACAUCAGGGUCUAGAGGGAGUAGUAGUACGCUAUAUCAGUUGUCUGCUGCAAAUGCUGGUGGCAUUGCUUGUGUAGAUGAGUUUGACACUUCCAUCGUCACAUUCAACACUGCAGUUAUCCUCUAUAAUCUUCGUAAUUAUGCAAAUGCAUUAUCAGUUCUAGAGCCGUUAUAUCAAAAUUUAGAACCCAUAGAUGAGUCAACAGCUCUUAAUGUGUGCCUUCUCUUACUGGAUAUUGCAUUAUCUUCCCAAGAUGCAUCAAAAGCUGCAGAUGUAAUCCAAUAUCUGGAAAAAUCCUUUGGUGUUAGCUCUUUGCCAAACCAAAGUGAUAAUGGAAGCCUGCAGCAACUACUUUUGAACCAAUUUAAAGUUGCUGGAACAAGUAGUAUUGCUGCAUCAGAUGCUUCUAGUUCAGAUUCAAGUGCCAGUGCAAAUGCUGCUGAGAACCCUCUGGUGGGAAAUUUAUCUGAUGAAGCAUUAGAGUAUGAAACCUUGUACUCAACAUUGGAUGGUGGAAAUCAGAACUUGGGUAGGCCAACCUCAAAUGAUCACUCAAAAACCUCAGCUGACUGGGCUGCUACUGCCAUUGAUCUAAAACUGAAAAUGCAUCUUUACAAAGUCCGACUUCUGCUCCUUACUAGGAACCUGAAGACUGCAAAGCGUGAGCUUAAGCUUGCUAUGAACAUGGUACAUGGUAGGGAUUCAUCUACAGAGCUCCUCCUGAAGUCUCAGUUAGAGUAUGCCCGUAGCAACCAUCGCAAGGCCAUAAAACUUUUGGAUACAAUUAGUAACCGAACAGAACCAGUAAUGCUCAGUAUGUAUAACAACAAUAUUGGGUGCAUACUUCACCAGCAAAGGUCGCACCACACAUCAAACUGGUUCUUUAACAAGGCACUGAGGCACAGCUUGUUGCUUCGAUCAGAGAAGCCUUUGAAGCUUGUUGCUUUUUCACAGGACAAAUCCUGUCUUAUUGCGUACAACUGUGGCCUUCAGCAUUUAGUGUGUGGAAAGCCAUUGGCUGCAGCUCGCUGUUUUCGUCAAGCCAUUCCAGUCUUCAGCAACCGACCACUCUUCUGGCUCCGUUUCGCUGAAUGCUGUCUACUAGCAUUAGAGAAGGGGUUACUAAGUGUUUCUUCAAGUGGUGAAGAUAUUAAAGUUCAUGUUGCUGGCUCAGGCAAAUGGCAGCAACUAGUUGUCGACUGUGUCAACUCGAGAUAUAGCAAUUCAGAUUCUACAGCAGGAGAUGAUGCGACCAAUGGUGAUGAUCAGAUCUUGAUCUCACUUCCAUUUGCUCGGCGGUGUCUUCUCAAUGCUCAGCUUUUAUUGGAUGCUUUGGAUCGGAAAAUGACGAAACUUGAUGCCUCAGCCUUUGCAUUGGAUGUGGCUGAUCCUAACCAAGGAGCAUCUAUAAACCUUAAGAAUUCAAACCAGAAGAAUAUGUCGAGCAGGGACUCGAAAGCAUUGAAUUCAACAUCAGCAUCCACUGCAAUCGGUGUAAAUUGUGAUCCUAAAGAAACCAAGGGUGGUAACAGCUUGAAUACCACCUUACAGAUCUCAGUUGCUGGAUAUGAGGACAUGUGCAGAAAAGAAAACCACAGAAUAAGGCAAGCUGUUUUAGGAGACCUGGCAUAUGUUGGAUUGUGCUUAGAAGAUCCUUUGAAAGCAUUGGUUGCUGUGAAGUCCCUUCAGCAGCUGCCAGACUGUUCAAAAAUGUCUCUCUUUCUUGGUCAUGUAUAUGCUGCUGAAGCACUCUGUUGCCUGAACCGACCUAAAGAAGCUGCAGAGCAGUUGUCAGUUUAUAUAGCAGAUGGGCAAAAUGUUGAGUUGCCAUACACUAAUGAAGACAGAGAGAAGUGGAGUGAUGAGAAAGCUGCUGACUAUGAAGAGUCAAAUGGUUCUCUUACAGCCAAACCAACUGUGGAAGGGACCAAAACAACUAUUGAAGAGUCCCGAGAUAUGGGGUUCCUGAAUCCUGAUGAGGCACGUGGGGUCCUUUAUGUGAACCUUGCUGCCAUGUCUGCAAUGCAGGGGGAUCUUGAGCAGGCAAGCCACUUUGCAAAGCAAGGUCUCUCUUCCCUGCCCAACAAUCCAAGAGUAUUGCUUGCAGCGGUAUAUAUGGAUCUGCUACAGGGGAAAACACAAGAGGCUCUUGCUAAGUUGAGAAAGUGUAGGAGGGUAAGGUUUCUUUGUAGUAAUGUGAAAAUGAGCAGCUGAGAUGGUUCAUGCUUUAAUUGAUGUGUGUUCCGGACGAGUAUUCAGCAAGAUGAUCCGAGAGUUAUUUGUACCAUACGAAGGACAGGCCGUACAAUAAUCAUUUUUUCCCUAUAUUUGAGGCCUAGUGGUGUGGCUCAUUGUUUCAAUCUGCUGACCACUUUUUGUGUUCAAGUUGUAGUCAGAUUCAAGGAAAAGAGUUGGGCACAAUUGAUAAGAAAAUUCAUUCAUCUAGGAAAGUACAUGCAAAGCCUUCACAAUCAAAGCAUUCUCAGUAUUCUUGCUUUUUCUUUGUGAUGUAAUUUGGGUCCUGACAUGUGGAUGGUGCUAAAGUUAAGGGAUUGUGAUCCUUAACCAUCAAGCAUGCUGUCAGCUUGUCCAUGCAGCCUUAGGAACACGUUUACUUUCAUCCAUGAUUGUCAGAACUGAGGACUGAGAGUUCUCUAAGCUUAAUUUGUUAAUUUGGCUUUGGCAUUAAAGAGGCUGUUGAUGAAAGUAUGUCUUCCAUGGUGCCCUAGUGUGCUUAUAUACAUUGUGUAACCAGCAUCGUCAUAUUGAAACAGGCUGCUGUGACUUCCAAAUAAUCAGUUCAGCAUCCAAAGAACGUUUGGGUGGGUUGUAUUUUGAUAAUGCAAAUUGUUAUCCAGGAAAGAAUCAUUUGUUUCCA